GGGCAUUCCCAAGCACGAAGCCUGAUGGUUCUCUUAUGGAGGGCCUUUAUUAGCUGGAAACACAGAUGUCUUGCAUUCGGAUGUUAUGAUACUCGCGCGUUGGGAGGCGAUGCUGGGUUGAGAAUAAGGCCGCUCGAUGAUGAUUCUUGAGCUCGACAGGAAAACCUAGUGUGCACGCUUCACGAAGAGCGUGCCACAUAUUCUGUCUCGGGCAGUUGAAUUUCCUCAAUUUAAUGUUCGUUGACUGUCGAAUUGUGGGUGUCCACAGUAGUUCGAAAUCCAUUCGGAAGAACGGUCCUGCUGCAAAAGAGCGCUGAAUUUUCAAGUCCAUUUCUCGGACUAUUCGUCUCGUAUACCGAAUGUCGUGCCCAGUCAAUCUGGGGAAGUGCGUUUCGAUCUCAAACUUAAACUCCAUAGCUUCGAGGACAUCCGGAUCAAGGCUGUUCUUGUUGCCAUGGUUUUAGACAGAUGUAUGAUAGUUCAGCCUUAAACCCAGAACCUCGAACCGUUUGGUACGCCUUUGCGCGAUCAGUCUGUUUUCCUCAUUGCAAUUCACGAUCGGAAGUCCUCCAGCAUCAAUCUACUGUGGAAGAUCCACCUCAUCGGAUCUUGUUUCAAGGUCUCCAUGAGUGAGCGAUCAGGUAAAUGAAGUUUAUCACCUACAAGUUGAAGCUUUGUCAGUUGCUCUUGCUUCCUUUGUACUCUUGACUCAAAUAUUUCUAUGAGAGGCCCUUGUCAUGCACGCGUUGAGAAUGACUCGUCAACCUUCUUGUAUUUGAAAUUUCGAUGAAAAUGAUUUUGGAGCAGGCUAGAAAAGUCAAUAGACAAGAUCCUGAGCACAGAUACUCAUAGAUUAGAAAGUAAGCACAGGACUUCGAGUUUUUUAAUUCUAACGGCAUGCUGAGAAAACAACCACUGACUACUCUCAAACCUGCGAAUCUCGGUCGCGGAUGAAGCAUUCGAGAUUCGUUCUUCUGUUGAGACUGAGCUCCGAGCUCCUCUGGGUGAUGCACUGCUUCAAUUUCAAGAGACUAGAUUGGAAGUCCUCUAUUUACUUUCAUCCUCACAACCAUGUACAUUUUGUCCCAUGUCCGAAUCUGUCUUCUCUCUCUACACUUCUAUUGGCUAAUCCAGCAAUGCUACCGACGUAUAUGGUUCACUCUCGAGACAGCAGCACAACCUACAAACAUAUGAGUACACAGAAGUUCUGAAUAUAACAAAUUUUGGAUUGCACUGGUUAUCAUUUCCAUCAAGUAGACAUGUCCAAAACAAUAUAUAAAAAGUUAAGAUUCUAAUCUG